AUGGCGGAGGCGUUUGGGCGUGAAACACAGCAAACUGUCUUGCAAUUAAUUUGUCGUUUUGUCCGAUACAAAGGUACGAAACGAAUUGGGCGACAAUUAGCAGGAAGUAAUGGUGUGAGUGUUUUAUUGGAUUGCUUCCUGGCAGGCCAGUGUGAAACCUAUAUCAUCGAAAUGUGCAAUGCAUCAUUUGAACUUCGUGAACAGUUCGAAACACCGGGUUGUAUAACGAAAAUUGUUGAGACGCAUCCACGUCCUGAAUAUAUGCUAAAAAUGCUUUUAUGCUUUGCACAGGAUGCUUGGGGACGAGCAGCACUUCGUGGACAUGGUGCCUUAGAUAUACUCGUUGAUGGACUAGAAGAAGCUGAUUCAGUGCAACAGGUACUAAUCGUCAACACGCUUCGAUAUUUUGUUCAUGAUGGAAGUGGAUUGAGCUAUUUGACAUUUUCCACCAAAUUUCUGGAUGUUGUUAUGGAUCACAUCAAUCUUUAUUUGAACAAAAAUAAGCGUAUCUGUAGUAUAAUGCCAAAUCGAGCGAUCGAUGAAUGUACAAUCCAUAACAAAGCAGGACGUCAUAAAACAGAAUGCUUAUGUUGUGAAAUGAUAUCGAUGCCAUUUCAUGCAACGAACCUUGAUGUGCUCACCCACGUUGUGGACUUUGACGCAUCCUCAUCGAAAAAAGUGGUCGAAUUUUCCUGGAGUCCGUCGCAAUCACCACCACCUGGAAUGCGUUCACCGCAGAUGUCACCGAAAAGAAUACCACUUUCACCAACGUCACUGAUGGAUGAAUACAUCGAGUGCAUGGAACGUCCGACAUCAACGAAUGAUAAUCGCAGUUGUUUGAGUCUUGCUCCACAUGCACCUCUUAGGAAUACAGAGCUCGUCGUUGGUGAAUUGUACAUUUUGGCUUGGUUAUCGCACAGUGAGUCUAAUAUGAGACGGUUGAUUACAUCAAAAGUAACUUUUUCAUACUAUUUAUGCAACAAAGCACCGUCGAUGGUUUCCAAAGCACCACGUACAAUAAGACGAAUUUUUCGGCAUCGUUUAGCAGUGGAAAAUUUGUCUCGUUUGGAGUUUCAUACUCUUGUCAUACACAUCCUAUUGACACGGAAAUGCGAAGCCGACAAGCGAGUUUCACAGUGUUCAGAAUGUGCAAUAAGAAGUGAUUUUGGUCAUGCGUUGUUGGAAGAAUUUUCAUCUCACAUUGAUGCACCGUUUGGAUUAGAAGUACUUAAAAAUAUUUACAAAUCAAACGAUGAAAUUGAACAAAUGAAGGCUUGUAUUGCAACGUUACAUCUCGUUAG